AUGUCCGCACCGCAAUUCUGGUCGACGCCAUUCCGAUACAUGCGAUGGGCAGCGCAUGAGAAACCUGCCAUCUUCUUCAGCGUUGUCAUCGGUUCACUAGGCCCCGUGGCUCUUGUGGCCCUACCGCCCAUCCGACGGUAUUUGGGCGACGUGGACCCCCCCCCGAUUCCAUUGACUUAUCCAAUUCCUCCCGGCCCAAGACGGAUUCCGAAAGGCUAUGACGAUGAGUAA